UUACCCGGCAGUCUGUGCGAGGUUGUUGAUGACCUGAGUUCAACCAAAUGAUUUGUGCGUCAAUGGCGGUGAAAUAACCGCAAGUUCUCGCUUCACCGCGACUCAGCGAUUCGAAAGACGAUUUAAUAUUGUAGCUAUAUCAAUGUGAAAGCUUUAGAUUCGACGGAAGCAGCGAUGUCGGGCAAUAUGUACUUGGAUCACUAUCUCGAUGGCAUUGAGACUUUACCAUUUGAACUCCAAAGAAACUUCACCCUCAUGAAGGAACUGGACCAAAGAGCCCAAGAUCUUCUCAAGGAGAUAGACAACAUGUCUGAUAAAUACGUAGCUGAAGUACGUAAAAUGGACGCUUUACAGAGGACUGACCAUUUAAAGAAAAUAGAAAAUGCUUUCUCUAAAAGCAAGGAGUAUGUGGAUGACAAGGUUCAGCUAGCAAUGCAGACAUAUGAGAUGGUUGAUAAACACAUUAGAAAACUUGAUCAUGACCUUGCAAGAUUUGAAGCUGAUCUAAAGGAAGAAAGAGCAAAGGAAGCAGGAUUAUCCUCAGAUUAUGAAAAUGACCCAACUCCGCCUAAAAGGGGUAGAGGAAGAAGCAGUAAAAAAGGAGAUGGAGAGUCUUCAAAGAAGAAGAGAAAACGUGAGUCAAGUCCCGUUAAGCUUGGUCUACCAGGACAAACCUUGUUUUCACCUGAGGUGGUGCAAGUUCUAGACAUGCCCGUUGACCCCAAUGAGCCGACAUACUGCAUCUGUCACCAGGUAUCUUAUGGGGAGAUGAUCGGCUGUGAUAACAUGGAGUGUCCCAUUGAAUGGUUUCAUUUCCCUUGUGUUGGACUGGUGGCCAAGCCCAAAGGAAAGUGGUACUGUCCAAAAUGCUCUCAAGACAGAAAGAAGAAAUAGCACCUCAUUUUCCACAUAGGCAUUAGGUCAAAGGGUGGACCACUCCUGACAAGUGAUGGUCUGCUUUGGAUCACUUGGUAGAAAUUAAGCACCUUUGUCCAAGUUCUCACACAGAAAAUAUUUGUAGAAAUAAUGAUAGAAAACUGUACAUUAUUUCACCCUCUUAGACACCACAAGUUUUAUUACAUACGGCUAAGGCACCAGACAUAAAGGACUGUAAAUAAUAAUCAAUCAUUCUUCUUACGAAUUUUACGGUGUUGGGUAAGGCUGUACAAAAGCAACCUGGAUUCAUACUUGUCUAAAGUAUUUAUAAGAAUUAUGUGCGUUUUUCUUAGAAUUCUGAAAUUAACUAGUUUUGCUACUUUUGCAGCAAACAAAUUUGACCGUUCUCUCCUCCACAAAAGGUUUUUAUCGAAUUUUACCUUUACCCAAAUCAUCGUUAUUAUUACAAUUAUGUCUACAUUUUUGUUUGUAAAAAAGAAAGUUCACUUUAUUGUUAAUUUUAAAGUAGUUAUUAUAUUAUAAUAAAGCAAAGUUUAACAUGCCA